GACGAUCUUUAGUUCUCCGGUAAAACCACCGAAGAAAGGAAGGAGACCGAGCACUCAGACGAUGUUGAGCAUGAAAGCGCAGGUGGAUGUGGUCUGCUGUAAAUCAGUAGGAACUGAUCUGUCCAUGCUGGAUAUUGAGGAUUUCAUCACAGAAAUCUGUCAGCUGAAGAAAGAGGUGGCUUCACUGGAGGCAAAGCUGAGAGAAAGAGGAGACAAACUGAACAGAGAGGAUGUGGAGCAGGUUUCAGUGCGUGUGACUGAUGGGACAGAAGCUCAGGAUUCAGUCUGGAGCGUCAGAGAUCAGAGAUCCAGAGACACACAGGACUCAGAGCUCAGCCUCACUUUACUCUGUUAUACUGACGCUCAGGAUCAUGAAUCCACUGAUCAAACCUCUGACUGUAACGCUGGAGAACAGCAGAUGCUGCAGACGCCGCUGAAGAUGUGCUCCGUCAAACUGGUGGACUGCAGGAACCUGAUAGAGAGCAGAGGAGAAGAAACCACCGCAGAGAAAGAACAACACAGUGAUGAGGAAGAAGAUCAGAACAAGGAAGAGGAGGAUGAUGAUGAGAAUAAUGGGAAUGAUGAUGAUGAAGAUGAUUACGCUGAGAAUAAUGAUGAUGUUGACGAUGGUGACUUUGUUCCUUCAGAUAAGAAUGCUGGUUCAUCUUCUGAUGGAGAAACUGCCUCUACAUCCAAAGAGCAAAGAACAAAGAAGAGUUUCUCCUGUGCCACCUGUGGAAAAACAUUCAGCAAACAGUGUAAUUUAAAAAGACAUGCCAGAAAGAGAAAACACACAGAACAGAAUAACUUCACCUGCAAGAUAUGCAACAUCAGCUUUCCUACCUUCAAAGAGAAAACACUUCAUUCAAAAGAGCACAGCGUGAAGAAGGAGUUUCACUGCGAACAGUGCGGGAAGGAUCUUUUCACCACUCUUUAUAGUAUGAGAGCUCAUAUAAAGACACACGAAGAAAAGUCUCUCCAGUGCAACGAAUGUAGCAAGUUUUUCCGCAACAAACGAGAUCUUUCUGUUCAUAUGAGAAUUCACACGGGUGAAAAACCAUACAAGUGCCCUCACUGCGAGAAGAGCUUCACCCAGAGAACUCAUCUGAAAACACAUCUACUCACGCACAGCAAUGAGAGACCGCAUCAAUGCCCUCACUGCGAGAAGAGCUUCAGCCAGGGAUCUUAUCUGAAGACACAUCUACUCAGGCACAGCAAUGAAAAUCCCUAUCAGUGCAGUGAAUGUGGAAAACCUUUUAUAAGCUCAGCUUCUCUAAAGUUACACCAAAAAAUGCAUUCUGAUGAAAGACCAUAUCAGUGUUCACACUGUGAGAAACGUUUCCAUCUUUCAACUCACUGUAAAACCCAUGAGAGGAUUCACACCGGAGAGAAACUGUACCUGUGCUCCGACUGCGGGAAGAGCUUCGCUAGAUCAUUUGCUUUCAAAAUUCAUCAGAGAGUUCACACAGGAGAAAGACCGUAUCCCUGUAGUGAUUGUGGGAAGGGUUUUAUUAACGCAAAUGACUUAAAAAUACACCGGAGGACUCAUACGGGAGAAAAACCUUUUAAAUGCUCAUAUUGUGACAAGACUUUCGCUCGAGGAUGUGUCAAGAAUGUCCAUGAGCGACAUCAUACAGGAGAGAAACCUUACCGCUGCUCCAUCUGCGGCGAGAGAUUCGCUUUUAAAUGGGGUUUUCAGACCCACAAGAAGAAACACGCUGCCCCAGAAUCAUCAUACAGCGGAGCGUCGUUUCUUCUCUUCAUCUCUAUCUCUCGUCCUGUAGGAGGCGCUCUGACGAUCUUUAGUUCUCCGGUAAAACCACCGAAGAAAGGAAGGAGACCGAGCACUCAGACGAUGUUGAGCAUGAAAGCGCAGGUGGAUGUGGUCUGCUGUAAAUCAGUAGGAACUGAUCUGUCCAUGCUGGAUAUUGAGGAUUUCAUCACAGAAAUCUGUCAGCUGAAGAAAGAGGUGGCUUCACUGGAGGCAAAGCUGAGAGAAAGAGGAGACAAACUGAACAGAGAGGAUGUGGAGCAGGUUUCAGUGCGUGUGACUGAUGGGACAGAAGCUCAGGAUUCAGUCUGGAGCGUCAGAGAUCAGAGAUCCAGAGACACACAGGACUCAGAGCUCAGCCUCACUUUACUCUGUUAUACUGACGCUCAGGAUCAUGAAUCCACUGAUCAAACCUCUGACUGUAACGCUGGAGAACAGCAGAUGCUGCAGACGCCGCUGAAGACGUGCUCCGUCAAACUGGUGGACUGCAGGAACCUGAUAGAGAGCAGAGGAGAAGAAACCACCGCAGAGAAAGAACAACAACACAGUGAUGAGGAUGAAGAUCAGAAUAAUGGGAAUGAUGAAGAUCAAGAUGAUGAUGAUGGUGACUUCGUUCUUCCAGACAAUGCUGGAGAAACUGCAUCUACAUCCAAAGAGCAAUGGACAGUGACGGACUAUGGAAAGAAAUUCAGCAAACAGGGUCAUUUAAUGAGACAUGAGAAAAAACACAGAGAACAGAAAGACUUCAUUAGCAAGAGUUUUCCUACCUUAGCAGAUAAAACACUUCAUUCAAAAGAGCACAGCGUGAAGAAGGAGUUUCGCUGUGAACAGUGCGGGAAGGAUUUUUUCACCACUCUUCAUUGUAUGAGAGCUCACAUAAAGACACACGAGGAAAAGUCUUUCCAGUGCAACGAAUGUAACAAGUUUUUCCGCAACAAUAGUAAACUUUCUAUUCACAAGAGGAUCCACACGGGUGAAAAACCAUACAAGUGCCCUCACUGCGAGAAGAGCUUCAGCCAGGGAUCUAAUCUGAAGGACCAUCUAUUUACACACACCAACGAAAGGCCGCAUCAGUGCAGUGAAUGUGGCAAGUUGUUCAACAUCAAACAAAAUCUUUCACGUCAUAAGAGGGUCCACACGGGUGAAAAGCCGUACAAGUGUCCUCAUUGCGAGAAGAGCUUCACCGAGGGAUCUAGUCUGAAGAAACAUGUGCGUUUGCACAGCAAUGAGAGACCGUAUCAGUGCAGUGAAUGUGGGAAAAGUUUUAUAAGCUCAGGUUCUCUAAAUUUUCACCAAAAAAUACACUCUGAUGACAAACCGUAUCAGUGUUCACACUGUGAGAAACGUUUCCAUCAUUUGAGUCACAUGAAAACCCAUGAGAGGACUCACACCGGAGAGAAACCGUACCUGUGCUCCGACUGCGGGAAGAGCUUUUCUAGUUCAUUUUCUUUAAAAGUUCAUCUGAGAAUUCACACGGGAGAAAGACCAUAUCCCUGUAGUGAUUGUGGGAAGAGGUUUUAUAAGCUAAGUGACUUAAAAAAACACCAGAGGACUCAUACAGGAGAAAAACCUUUUAAAUGCUCACUUUGUGACAAGACUUUCGCUAUAUCAACUUCCCUGAAGAUCCAUGAACGAAUGCAUACUGGAGAGAAACCUUACUGCUGCUCCAUCUGCGGCGAGAGAUUCGCUUAUAAAUUGGGUUUUCAGACGCACAAGAAGAAACACGCUGCCCCACAAUCAUGAUAGAUUCAUAAUUUUAGGUUGUGUAAUAAUGUAGUGCUACGGGAACAUUAUUUUAUGGUUGUAAAAAAUAACCCCUUAAACUAAAAUGUCUCUAGAACAUUAUUUACUGGGUAGAAAUAAAUCGUUUGGAUGAAAAUUCACUGUAAUGUGCAGAUCAGUGUGUGAUAUUGGAUUUUUGAACUGAGCUGGACAAUGACAUCACUGAAUAAACAAUGAACUGAC